AUGAUCAACCGUGUGGAAAUUCGCGACACCGAAGAACAACUAACAAUGCGUUUUGUGGGAGGACUUCCCCAACAAAUCCAGCACACUCUUAACUUGUUUCAUCCACAAUCGAUCUCAGAAGCGCAUCAGCAGGCCCUCACGAUAGAGAACCAGAAUCGAACUGGUUCUCAAUCUUGGUCCACGUCGCAGCAAAACAAACAGCCUACAUCAACCCCACCAACAACCAUCAACGACGCAACUUCAAAAACAGAAACUGCCAUUGUACCUAUUAACAAUAACCAACAGGUUCGUCCCGGCGGAUUGCAUUGUUACUCUUGCGGAGAAGCAGGACAUCGUCGGUCCGCUUGUCCACAUCGUACGCGCAAAGGAUUACUUAUCGAAGAAGUACAACAGGAUAAUGACCCUAUCUAUGACGAGGAACCACUCGACCCUGACGAAGAAGCUGAAGAACUUUUCCCCGAUUCGGGUCGACUUCUCGUAGCUCGCCGGUCAUUUUUCACUCCUAAAGCCGAAGAACAUUUCCCACAACGUAACAGACUAUUUCAGUCGCGUUGCACAAUCAAUGGACGAGUCUGCUCCUCUGUAAUCGACUCUGGGAGCUGUGAGAACGUCAUAGCGGAGGAGGCAGUCGCGAAAUUACAACUUCAGGAUGAACCCCACCCAUCUCCAUACAAGCUCUCGUGGCUCCAACUGAACCAUGAUCUUGUUGUGACUCGGCGCGCCGUAGUGUCGUUCUCCGUAGGCACUUCUUACAAAGAUAAGGUUUAUUGCGACGUCGCCCCUAUGGAUGCUUGCCACUUACUUCUCGGGAGACCUUGGGAAUUUGAUCAUCACAUUAUUCACGAUGGCUUUCUCAACACAUACAGCUUCACUUUCGAGAAUAGAAAGUUCAUCCUCAAACCAUCUCCUCUGACACCGACUCUUGCUAAUCAAACACCCGCCAAUAACACUACAAAGCCGAUGUUAUUUCUUCGCAAAACUCUAUUUGUUUCAGAGAUGCUCAAAGCCGGCCUGGUUCUCACAGUAAUAACCAAACCUACGUCAGCCACACCCAAAAUAGAGGUUCCGGCGGCCUUUGCGAGCAUUCUUUCCGACUUCGCUGAUGUCUUUCCAAAUGAUCUCCCCGAGGGACUGCCUCUUCUCUGGGACAUCCAACAUCGUAUCGACCUCCUCCCUGACGCUGCCCUUCCUAACCGAUCACAUUACCGUAUGAGCCCAACCGAGCAUGAGGAACUACGAAGACAGGUAGAAGAACUCGUCGCCAAGGGUUUCCUUCGUGAGAGUUUAUCUCCUUGUGCUGUGCCGGCAUUACUAAUCCCCAAGAAAGAUGGUUCUUAG